CGUUUUUCGUGUUUAGCGCUGCAACGCUUUCGCAAUGGCCUUGGGGCGCAAAAAUGCCACUCGUCUCCCACCGGAAGUCAAUCGGGUUCUACUUGUGAAAAAUCUACCGUACAACAUUUCUGCAGAAGAAAUGUAUGAUAUUUUCGGCAAAUAUGGUGCAAUUCGUCAGAUCCGGAUUGGAAACACUCCAGAAACUAAGGGCACCGGUUUGGUGAUAUACGAAGACAUAUUUGAUGCAAAGAAUGCCUGUGAUCAUUUGAGUGGCUUCAACGUUUGUAAUCGGUAUCUUGUUGUGCUAUAUUAUCAGCGCCAUAAGCAAUUCAAAAAGACUGACGUAGAUAAGAAAAAGGAGGAACUGGAUCGUCUAAAAGCCAAAUACGGCUUGAACACGCCCAAGACGAAGUGAAGAAUGCAUUUCGAAAAAAACAUUUCUUUGUCUUGUACAAAAUUACGUGAUAAAAAUGUCUUUUUACUACAUAAGAGCGCAUAUUUUCGCUUUCACACAGGCAGAUAAAUUGGGGUAACUGCCGACUGCGUGGCGCCAGAACGCGGAGGGAGUAUAAAGAGUGAGUGCUAAAGUAAAGAGAAAUACGAUAACGCCUGUUCUUUCACUGGAGUGAAAAAGGGGGAGAGGAUAGAGUUGAGUGUAAGCAUUUUUGUGCAGGUUGGUCGUUAUGGUUGUGCCAAAGAGAUGACGCGGUUGGUAACUGAUGGAAUGAGUUAUCGCAAGUCGGUAUUGGCAUGUAAUGCGUCUUUCGCUGGAAAUAUUUGUGCCCUGUUUACUCCAUCUAUCCU